ACUGACAAUGGAUUGGAAUCCCAUCUUUGUUUUGUUGAUCUUCAUAACAAUUGAAGGUACACUACUCGCAGAGAACCUUGACAAUCGAAUUUGCAAAGAGCUUAAGAGAGACCUUAACUGCCAUACCUUAACCAGGCAUAGUGAAAAACGGCGUAUCCUGGGACCUGAACACGAGUAUUUUAAAGCAUAUUAUACAGAAAAGGGUCUUCUUAGUGUUUACAACAGGCUGAGACGUAACGGAUUAAUAGAUGAUUGGAGUCCACUUGGGGCAACUUCAUACAGUAACGCCAUUGCUACAUCAACAAAUUAUUACAGAUUGCAAGCAGAAGCAGGCAGAAAUGUGAAUGCUCAAAUAAAUCGAAUUAAAAGAAUCCUAGCCUAUCGGCGUCAAGACGCUAAAAAUCACGGUGGUGGUGAUAGGGGUCAUAAUUCAAACAUCACCAACUGGCAGAAUGGACUGGAGCUAAUUCAAGGUGGACGAGAUCGAUUUCGAAAUGGGUAUCGUACAAAUAGGAGGAGGAACAGGAGACAUCGAAGAUUGAGCAGGCAUCGCAAUUCGAGGCGCAGAAGAGAAGGCAACAGAAGAAGAAGGAGUUGAUUUCUCCAGAGCAGAUGACGAAGUGAAAGACGAUUCUCUUGUUUAUUGUAGAGCAUAUUUGUAAAAUAUGCAAUAUGUACAAACACUUUCUGAUAUUUAAUUAAAAAAAAUGUCAGCAGUAUUUUAUCUAACUACUUGAUAGCUACUCAAGAAUUGAACGACGUUAUUCAGCUAGCACGGUGUUAUGGGCAACCUUUGCUCUGCAGACAUAUUC